CUUCCGUCUGAGCGGGGCCGGUCCGGGUUUAGAGCGAGUCAGCAGCGGCGAAGACGCCGCUGCCGACCUGCCAUGGCCUGCGCCGAAGCCUCGGCGGCCGACAAGGAGCGAUUCAUCUGCAUUUACCCAGCGUAUUUAAACAACAAGAAGACAAUAGCUGAAGGAAGAAGGAUACCCAUAGACAAAGCCGUUGAAAAUCCCACACCUACAGAAAUCCAAGAUGUGUGUGCAGCAGUGGGACUCAAUGUACUUGUAGAGAAAAAUAAGAUGUACCCCAGAGAAUGGAACCGUGAUGCCCAGUUUAGAGGCCGAGUAAGAGUUCAGCUCAAACAGGAGGAUGGCAACCCAUGUUUACCUCAGUUUCCAUCACGUAAGUCAGUAAUGCUGUAUGCAGCAGAAACGAUUCCCAAACUGAAAACAAGGACACAAAAAAUGGGAGGGAGUGACCAAAGUCUCCAGCAAGGAGAGGGAGGCAAGAAAGGCAAAGGGAAGAAGAAGAAAUGAGCCUGUGACUGGCUUAUAUGUACUUUGUAUAAACAUAAUUAUGCCUAAUUUGGAUGGACAUGUUAACAGUUGUGACUCUGAAGUCAAUGAUGCAGAGAAGAAAUGAGAAUUGGUGAAGCUGUACAGAGUUGUUUUUUUUUUUUUUUUAUUGAACUGGAAUGCAUGUAACUGUACUUCACGUUGUGUAACAGUAGAUCCAUAUGUAUUCACAGACAACCCCUCAAACUCCAAAGUAAAGUACCUUCAGUCCUAGAAAUUAAAGAGAACCAAGACAAACUGAAGAGGAGGCAGGAGAGGGGUGAAGAAAUAUGAAGCUGUAUGCUGCUUUUAAAAUAUCCAGUUUUUUUUCUUAAAGUCAACUGCCUUAGUACAACAUUUACUCUUCUGAUAAAGAGAACUGUCUCAAUUCUGGAGGUUGUAUGUCACUAUAGUUGGAAAAUUUAUGAUGAAUGGAGUAAUCAUUACGUUGUACAUCUAUCUUUCACAAAUGUUAAAUUUAAUAAAAUGGCAAAAGUAA